CAUAGAGAAAGAGAGAGAGGGAGAAUAGUACAGAGCGUACUAUUUCUCACAGUGGAGCAGCUGAUAGAGUGGUGAGAGAGAGACUGAAUCUGAAAAUGAGAGAGGGUGAGGGAGAGAAAAAGAGAGAGAGAGAGUAAGUUAGAAAGAGGGAUUUCAUCUGAAAUAGGCAGUGAGAAAGAGAGAGUUUUUGAGUUUGAGAGAUAAUGAAGGAGAGUGUGUAAGAGAACGUUAGGGAGGAGGAGUCUUAAUCUGAAAAGGAGGAUUGAGAAAGAGAGAGAGGGUGAGAGAGUCUGAAUCUGAGAGAGAAUCUGAAUCAGAGAGAGACAGAAAAAAGUUAGAAAAGGAGGAGUGAGAAAGAGAGAGGGAGAGAGUCUGAAUCUGAAAUAAUCUGAAUCAGAGAGAGACAGAGACAAAGUUAGAGAGAGGGGGUCUUUAUCUGAAAGAGGGAGUAGAAAAGAGUGUCUGAAUCUGAGAGAGAAAGAGAGGGAAGAGAGAAUCUGAGGUGAAAAGAGAGAAGGAGAAAAGGAGAGAAAGAGAGAAAAAGUCAGAGAUGGGGUCUUAAUCUGAAAGUGGGAGUGAGAGAGUCUAAAUCUGAAAGAGAAAGAGAGAGAAAGUUACGGUGGGGGUCUUAAUCUGAAAGAGGAAGGGAGAGAGGGUGAGUGAAUCUGAGAUGGAGUGAGGGAGGAAAGAGGGAGUGAGAGAUAGGGUGAGAGUCUGAGGGAGAGAGAGAGAGAGAGAAAAUCUGAGGGGGAGAUUGAGAAAGAGAGGGAUUGAGAGAGGGAAAGAGGGAGUGAGAGAGAGGGUGAGAGUCUGAGAGAGAGAGAGAGAGAGAGAGAAAGAGAGGGAGCGAGAAAGGGAAAAAGGGAGUGAGAGUCUCUGAAUCUGAAAGAGAGAGAAUCUGAAUCCGUUCGAGAUAGAGACAGUGAAAGAGACGCACGCGCACACAUACGCACGCGCGCACGCAGAGAGAGGCUGAGGCUGGCGCUCGUGCUGUGUUAAGGGAAGCCCACAGUCGUGAGGCUGAGUGUACAGGGGAAGUGGAAGGAGUGAAAGGAGCGCUUGUUUUUGUUCACCCCUUUGCUUUCUUUCCCUUUGUGCUCUCCGGAGGGGGUCUGCUCUGUUUCUUUUAGCCCCUCUGUUUAGUUUGCUCGUCUUUUUCCUCCCCCUAUUCCUCCUUUUUUCCUCCUUUUGUGGCUGAAAACAGACGGAGCAGGAGCAGCACUGCCUGUGUAACAUCUCGCCGGUGGUGGAUGCUGAUGCUGUGAUAGUAGCAGAGGAGCAGACGGGCCCUCAGUGGAUGCAGUGAAGUGCUCUUUGAGGAAAAGUGCAAGCAAAGGUUUGCCGGCCAUGGGGAACCUCAUUAAGGUCCUUGGCAAGGAUUUAGAGAACUGUCCACAUUUUUUUCUGGACUUCGAAAAUGCACAGCCCACGGAGGCGGAGACGGCCGUCUGGAACCAGGUCAGCGCCGUGCUGGAGGAGGCUCACGGGAUCCUAGCAGAGCUACAGUCCUACAACGGAGCGGGGCAAGAGAUAAGAGAGGCUAUUCAGAACCCCAAUGACCUCCAACUACAGGAGAAAGCCUGGAACGCCGUGUGCCCUCUAGUGGCCAAGCUGAAGCGCUUCUAUGAAUUUUCACUCAGGUUAGAGAAUGCCCUGCGCAGCCUCUUGGAGGCGCUGACGAGCCCUCCGUACGCCCCCAUGCAGCAUCUGGAGAGGGAGCAGGCUCUGGCUAAGCAGUUUGCAGAGAUCCUGCAUUUUACCCUUAGCUUUGAUGAGCUCAAGAUGACAAACCCAGCCAUCCAGAAUGACUUCAGCUACUACAGGAGGACCAUAAGCAGGAAUCGGCUGAACAAUCAGCAGCUUGAGGCAGAGAAUGAAGUCAAUAACGAGAUGGCCAAUCGGAUGUCAUUGUUUUAUGCGGAAGCCACACCUAUGCUGAAAACCUUGAGUAAUGCCACAACUAAGUUUGUGUCAGAGAACAAGACUUUGCCCAUCGAGGACACCACAGAUUGCCUGAGCACUAUGGCCUGUGUGUGCCGGGUCAUGCUGGAGACUCCGGAGUACCGGUGCCGUUUCACCAACACAGACACCAUGCUGUUCUGUAUGCGUGUGAUGGUGGGUGUCAUCAUCCUCUACGAUCACGUUCACCCCGUGGGUGCCUUCGCUAAAACCUCCAAGAUUGAUAUGAAGGGCUGCAUCAAGGUGUUGAAAGAGCAACCUUCAAACAGUGUGGAGGGACUGCUGAAUGCACUGAGGUAUACAACAAGACAUCUAAAUGACGACAGCACCUCUAAACAAAUCCGAGCUCUGCUUCAAUGAGAAGCUGCGAUGCUCGGAGAGAGGCAAGAAAGAGAGAAGACAGAAGAGAGGAAAAGAGGAUGCGACUGACAGAAGAAAAGAUAAAUGGCUGGCAGUCUUGGGUGAACCAACCUCAGAAACCUGUUUGUUUACAAGAAUGAAAUGCAAAAUUAUCUCAAUUUCAAUAACCUAAAAAGAGAGAAAGGAAUAUGAGAAAGUAUAUAGAUAUAUAAAUAUAUAUUGUCAAUUGUUCAUCAUGUCUCUGAUUUUGUAAAAACAUGAUUUAAAAAAAAAAAAGAUUAUAGAUAUAUAUAAAAGUACAAACUGGAACAUCCAUGGCCUACCAGACAAGAACACUUAGAACUUUGAGGGGAAACAAAUAUAUUAAAAACCACCAUAAAAUCAAUAGAAAUGAGUUCGUAUACUUCUGAAGAUUAUUUUUGCACACAGAAAACGAUGCCAACUCCCUUCUGCAUUAUAUAAGAGUUUAAAAUGGCUUGAAAUGACGUGUACAGUUCAGCCCUGUUUCCAUGUAUUGAGACUCCAUCGGAUUUUUAAACACAUUUGCGUCUUCAUCGUUGACAUGCUUCUUCCAUUGCCAUCCUCCUGGUGCAAUUCUAUUUCUUCCUGUGAAAUACGGGAUCCGUUUGUGACUCAAAGGCAUCAAAUCACACCAUGCUAUUUCUGCAUUUCCCGACAGAAACCCACCAGUGAUAAUGAAGUGAGAUUGAUUUACGUUGCUGUGUGUGUAUAUAUACUUAAAAAAAAGCACAGGAUAGUUUUGUAAAGAAGUUACGCAUUUUGUUAGACUUACUCACUAGUGCUGUACAGCAAUACUCAACUGAGGUACCAACUGCAGUGGCAGUGAUCUGUCUCAAAUAAGCUGUUUGUGCCAAUACAGGAUGAACGACAAACGGAAAGCUGUACAUAUGAGAUUGUGUAUUAAUUAGGGUUUUGAUUUUCAGCUCCAGUGGAUUGUAAGAGGAAAGGGCAUUCUUGGAACUCUGAGUAAGCCAUGAAACUGUCUUUCAGGAGCCACUCGCAUUUUGCUCAGCGCCAUAGCUGCUUCCUUACCUGCUUUUCAUGUGUGGCCUGCUAGGAGUCCAGUACAGGGAGAGCGCAGCGGACUGAGGGGUGUGGUUUUAGGCCCAUAACCAAAUGAGCCGCUUUACACCAACCUCUUAACAAUCUGCAGAAAAAAACACACAGCAAAGGACUGAUUACACACUAUUGCCAAAUGUGACCACGACAUUGCCUUUUACAACACACAAUCAACUGACAGGCAGGUCCAUUCUCCCGUAACACUGGAGAUCAUACUGAUCAUUUACACUCAUACAAAUACACACACACACACAAAUACAAAAGGCGUAGAGCAGAAAACUCAGAAUGUCUCGGUGUAAAUAUGUGAACAAGACUUUCCUCCAGGCGUCGAAGAGGCCUGCGAAAAACAAAUGUGCUUAAAUUCAGCUAGAGGAUGUUUCUUUUAGUAAAUUUUUAAAAAGCUUAAAAGAAAAAAGAUCACGUCAUCAAAUGAGUGGGUAUGAACAAAAAAAAAUAAAUUAUUAAAAAAAAAAAGAAGAAAAGAUUAAAACAACAAAAUGCAGUGUUGUACUUUCGAUGUCUAUAGCCCUUAGUCUACCUUAAUUUGAUCUUACAGUAUAUUUUUUAUACAGGGGUAUGUUCACAGACAUAUUCUGUAUAAAUAUAUAGAUGGCAUGCUGUACAACUUCAGACAAGAUUGUGUAAAUACGGUGUUUUUAUUCAUUUUCAAUUGUUCAGUGAAUCUGAAUUGGGUGUGUGUUGUCUGUAAGAAACCAUGCAUUUGGCUCGGACUAUUGGACUUGCUGUAGUCAUAGGUUCCAGAUCUCCAACUUCAUAUUGGUGGGUAAAGAGAAGGGCAGCUUGGAAGGGGGAGGGGGGAACUGUCCAUUUGCUUGUUAUUUUGUACAUUUUGUGCAACAAUAAACUUGUCAUUUAUUACGUUCA